AUGGAGAGAAAUCAAAUGAUAACAUUAGCAAGGGCGGGGGAAAUCUUGGAUCUCAACACUCGACCCAAAGCUUCGGUCUUUCCUGAGAUGGACAACGGAAAAGAAGAGUUCAGAGUAGUGACGAACUCGAAGAGUUGGGUUUGGCUGUGGUUCAAACGGAGCGUAUCGCAAGCUAAGGCACAGUGCAACGUUUGUUUUGAUAUCUUAAAGAAAGAUCGGACUACAAGCUCAUUGAUCAAACACUUGAAAACAAAGCACGGGGUCUCCAAGACUACCGUACCUCCAAGUCCAUCAACAUCUGACGCCCUGACAGCUCCAUCGAUAUCUGACGGCCCGUCAACUCCUCAAUCAUCAUCGAGCGACCCUACACUGGGAAUCGAAGAAGAAGAACAGCCUCCUGCUCCCUCCAAGCAGCCGCCAGCUAAGAAGCGGAAACAGAUGCAUUUAGAUUCUUUCCUGAACAAGAAUAACUCUGUCCGGAAAGAUGCGCUCCGCCUAAUCUGUGAAUCUAAUAUAAGCAUGAACCAGAUCGCGACAUCAGGAACACUCAGGAGACUCUUUUCUCAAGUCUAUCCGAGCGAUCCUCCGCUCCCGAAAUCGGGAACCACUCUGACGAGUUAUCUACAUGAAGAUGCCAAAAUAGUCACGGAUAAGCUCCGAGUCGAUCUUCGAGCAAUUCUCGCCAGAGGUAACGGGUUCGUUUUUACAAUCAUGAGACUGCCCUCUAGCUUCCCCUACUGUACAAUUGAAGCGAUACUGGGGAGAUCUUGCAUCGCACCACUUGGACUCAUAAGAGUUGAGGACCGCGCUACUGGCGAAUAUCUCAAGGACCGAAUCAGUGCGCGCCUUGAAGGCGUAGGUCUCUCGCCUAGCGAUUUCGCCGUAGCGGCAACUGAUGGAGCCCGGAACGUCUUGAGGGCAGUCGACUUGCUGGGAGUCAAGCAGCAGAAAUGUUACGCACAUGGCUUGGACCUAGUGGUGAAGAAAGUCAUUUACGGAAAAGAUUCUCUCGCCUUCAACAUCGGUAUCUUGGCCACCCCGUCCGAUCAAGAUGGUCCCGAGACCGACGAAGAACGGAUUGCAGAAGCGGAGGAGAACUCGGAAAACGACGUGGAAAAUGAAAUUGCGUCAGGCCCAGGGGCGCCAGUCGUGCUCGGUGAAGCAGUUGAACGACUGCGGAAGAUCGCGCGAGACUUCAGAAAAAAACCGAAUUUGAUGGAUGAGAUUCGGAAGGAAAGAAGCAACAUUGACCCAUGCGGAUAA